CGCAUCGCUGCCACUGCGGGACACGCUUCGGUUCGGCCGCCACCCCGCCGCUAUCACAGCUCAAGAGACACCUGGGAGUCCAUUUGACGCGGGAGUCCCUUUGGGUUUCUGGCCUGUAGCCGUUUGUAGGCUCCUGUUUAUCUUCCCCCUUAACCUUGCCUGAUCUUUUCCUGUGGAGCAUCUUGGGUGUGUGCUAAAAGCAAACUCUAGCCUCAGAUCUCCGUAGCUGAAUAUGUUCCCUGCCAGGAAGUGGUCUGGAGCUUUCAGAGCCAUCAGACUGCAGCAUUUCAGAUCCCAUUCUGUAUCCAGAGCCUCUCCAAACUUGACUUUCGUGCCAGCCUGUCUGCCCCCAGACCCCGUGGAAGUGGAGGAGCUGCAGCGUUUUGUUUCUAACUCCAAGAGGCUGUUUGUAAUGACUGGAGCUGGAAUCUCCACUGAGUCAGGGAUCCCCGAUUACCGCUCGGAGGGCGUCGGGCUCUACGCCAGGACAGACAGACGGCCUGUCCAGCACGCUGAGUUCGUCCGCAGCGCCAGUGCCCGGCAGCGCUACUGGGCAAGGAACUUCGUGGGCUGGCCCCAGUUCUCCUCCCACCAGCCAAACAAAGCGCACCUAGUACUGAGAGACUGGGAGAAGCUGGGCAAGCUGCACUGGCUGGUGACCCAGAACGUGGAUGCCCUUCACAGCAAGGCCGGGAGCCAGCGCAUGACGGAGCUGCACGGCUGCACACACAGGGUUUUCUGCUUGGCCUGUGGAGACCGAAUCUUGCGUUCUGAGCUCCAGGAGCACUUUGAAGCUCUGAAUCCUACUUGGAAAGCUGAAGCGUUUGGCGUGGCUCCUGAUGGGGAUGUUUUCCUGACGGAUGAGCAGGUGCGCAAUUUCCAAGUCCCAGCCUGCCGUAAGUGUGGUGGAAUCCUGAAGCCUGAUGUGACGUUCUUUGGAGAUACAGUGAGCCAGGAAAAAGUCAGUUUUGUACACCAGCGCCUGGCAGAAUCAGACUCCAUGCUGGUAGCAGGAUCCUCCAUGCAGGUGUACUCUGGUUACAGGUUUGCUCUCGCUGCCCGGGAGAAGAAGCUGCCAAUUGCAGUCCUUAACAUUGGGCCCACCAGGUUAGAUCACUUUGCAUCCUUAAAGUUGAAUUCCCGCUGUGGAGAGCUGCUGCCUUUGAUUGUUUGCACAUGACCCAGCCAGCUGACCUUCAGUAGAUAUCAGGAUUAAAGUUAUUUUUACAAGGACUCAUCUCAGAGGCAGCUGUGAGAUGCAGUGCAUGGCCGCUGAGGGCACCAGGAGAGGGCAGCAAGCCUCGCACAUCUCAGCCUCACCAGUUCUCUCCACUGGAACCAUCUCCACGUAUCAGGAAACAGAAUGAUGAUAAAAAAAAAGUACUAUUCUGCCUUACCUUGCCGUUGUAAACAGUGCCUUUUCAUUCACUGGGACAGGAUAAUUGGACUGCCACAUCUGAGGACAAAACACUGUUCUUAGAGUUGUCCCCAGAGUAGAAGGGGGGCACAGGGAUUUUGAUCAGGUAGUUUGAGGCUAUAGCACAGGAGGGCAAUGUGGGAAACCAGGACACUGCUGGGGGGUGCAGUGUCACUGGUGGGAUACUGUAGAGUGUGCAAAGAGGAAAAGGAAGCAAGAGGAACUGCAGUUGUCACUUAAAAGAAAAAAGCUUCAAAAUAGAUUAUUUGGAAGCACAGGCUAUAAGGCUGACAUCUUCCAGCGAGAAGGGAAAGUCAGCAUUUCUCUCAAGUGUCAGUUGACAGCAGCAGCUAAACUGCUUCCUAUCCAACCCCUUUAAAAAUUAACUAUUGUUGAGAUGCCAGAGGAGUUACUUUAAGCUAAUCUGACCAGCCCUACUUUCAGUGAGGCUACUACAUUUUCCAGAAUGCAUUUUUGAAGAUGUUAUUUAAUUAAUGAAUAGCUAAGGAAUCAAUUAAAACUGUUUAAAAGAUCGA